CACAGUGAACUGGAUAACGUCUCCUUCAACCCACAGCAGCACAGACUCAUUUCUCUACACACCAGCUCUGAGUGGAUGCUCAGCAGGGGUGUUUGAGAUAUUAGCCCGCUGUGGGGGAACGGCUCAGGGACUUCUAUCAUCCACAUACAAAGAGCCGGCAGUCAAGAGGAAUAUGGGCAAAUCCGAAAGCCAGAUGGAUAUAAUGGAGAAAUCAAGUAAACCUGGAAAGCGUCGUUGGACUGUUGCAGAAAUCGGUCUGUCUGUGCUGCUGCUGUUGGUCAGCUGUGCCUUAGCCGGGCUGGUAGUCCUCUACACAUCGGUUGUGAAAGAGCAAUCUAACAGGUCGAGCACGUCAAGGAGUUCAACAGGCCAGCUGUUUCGUUCCAGCCUGAGCAGUGAGUGCACAACUGCGGACUGUGUUACUGCAGCUGCUCGGCUCUUGCAGAACAUGGAUAAGUCUGUGAAGCCUUGUGACAAUUUCUACCAGUUCGCUUGCGGGGGAUGGCUGGAGCGACAUGUCAUACCGGAGACAAGCUCCCGUCACAGUGUCUUUGACAUUCUAAGGGACAAGCUUGAGAUUGUCCUCAAAGGUGUUCUUGAGAUGGAAAAUGAACAGGACAGAGAUGCUGUCAGGAAGGCCAAGAUCCUUUACAGCUCCUGCAUGAAUGAAAGCCUCAUAGAGCAGCGUGACUCCCAGCCCCUCCUGAAGCUCAUUGACAGUAUCGGAGACUGGCCUGUGGCGUCUGAUGACUGGAACACCACUACCGAGGAAGCAUGGAGCCUUGAAGACACACUGGCAAUGCUCACUGCUCAUUUUCAUAAGAAGGUUCUGCUAGACAUGUAUGUGUGGACGGAUGACCGCGACUCUCGCCGCCAUAUUAUUUAUAUUGACCAGCCGGGACUUGGAAUGCCAUCAAGAGAUUAUUACUUCAAUGAUGGAAACUACAAAAAGGUUCGCGAGGCCUACCUCCAUUUCAUGGUGUCUAUUGCGAAGAUAACCCGAGAAGACAGGAACUUGACUCAGGAUGACGACCGUGUGUGGGAUGAAAUGAUGCAAGUGCUGGAGCUGGAGACUGACAUCGCCAAUGCCACAUCACCAGCAGAGGAGCGCCAAGAUGUCACUGUUCUCUACAAUAAGAUGACACUUGGAGAGCUACAGAGUACAUUCAGCCUUAAUGGUUUCAACUGGACACGAUUUAUUCAGGGUGUACUGUCCAGUGUGUCCAUUGAGGUCCAUCUAGAGGAGGAGGUGGUGGUGUAUGGCUCUCCCUACCUUGAGAAGAUGAAUGACGUUCUCUCCAAACACAGUAUUAGAACUGUGCAGAACUACCUCACUUGGCAGCUCAUCAUUGACAGAGUUAACAGCCUGAGCCGCCGUUUCAAAGAUGCCAGAGCACGUUACAGGAAGACUCUUUAUGGGACCACUGUGGAGGAUGCUUGGUGGCGAGAAUGCGUGCGCUAUGUCCAGAGCAGUAUGGAGAAUGCAGUUGGUGCUCUGUAUGUGCGUGAGACUUUUGCUGGAGAAAGUAAACAAAUGGUCAGUGACCUCAUCGGUAAGAUUCAGAACGCCUAUGUGGAAACACUUGAGGAGUUAAGCUGGAUGGAUGCUCCUUCCAAGGAGAAAGCAAGAGAGAAGGCCAUGGCAAUCAAGGAGCAUAUUGGCUAUCCAGAUCAUAUUCUGCAGGAGAGCAACCAGAAACUUGACCAGGAGUACGCUCAUCUUAAUUUUAGUGAAGAACACUACUUCGAGAACAUCCUUGAGAACCUCAGGUCUGAAGCUCACAAGAGUCUGAAGAAGCUCAGAGAACCAGUUGACCCAGACUUGUGGAUCAUCGGUGCUGCUGUGGUGAAUGCAUUCUACUCCCCCAACAGAAACCAGAUAGUUUUUCCAGCAGGAAUCCUGCAGCCACCUUUCUUCAGUAAACAGCAGCACCAGGCCCUUAACUUUGGUGGAAUAGGGAUGGUCAUUGGACAUGAAAUCACACAUGGCUUCGAUGACAAUGGGCGUAAUUUUGACAAGGAUGGUAAUAUGCUAAACUGGUGGAGUAAUUACUCUGCUGAGCAUUUUAAAGAGCAGUCACAGUGUAUGGUGCAACAAUAUGGCAACUUCAACUGGAAGCUAGCAGGUGGACAAAAUGUCAGUGGAAUCAGCACUUUGGGGGAGAACAUUGCAGACAACGGAGGGGUUCGUCAAGCGUACAAGGCUUAUCUAAAGUGGGUGGAGAUGGAGGGUGAGGAGCCUCGUCUACCUGGUCUAGACAUGGAUCACAAGCAGCUUUUCUUUCUCAACUUUGCCCAAGUGUGGUGUGGUGCUUAUCGGCCUGAAUAUGCCAGCCAGUCCAUCAAGACUGACUCACACAGUCCCUUAGAAUACAGGGUGCUUGGAUCUCUCCAGAAUUUUGAAGCAUUCUCAGAAGCUUUCCAGUGCCAAAAAGGCAGUCCAAUGAAUCCCGAGCUGAAGUGCCGUGUCUGGUAGAAAGUUUUACUUGAGAUUUUCUUCACAUGGGCAACUCAUAUCAAAAGAACAAGUUGUACUUCUUAAACCUACGGAUACAUCCUGCUUAUUCCAAUUUACUUGAGACAGAACGAUGACACAGAUACCUGAAUAUACUGUAGAUGUAUUUCAGAUGAAUAACAUCCUGGACUACACCCUAGUUUCAAAACUUGCAGCACGCAUACUAUAUAAACCCAACUUCCUUGAGUAUCUUCUCAAGCUUGAAGUAUUGUUUAUAGAUGACUAGGUCACUUGUUCUUCUAUUGUUGUGUCCCAUGACAGAUGACGAGUGGGUACAUGAACAAAAAGGCUAUGUAGAAAAAUUAGAUCUUGUGAAAAGGUAAAAGCUUAUAUGGUUGACUUUAAAUGCUUUGCCAGCCUUUCUUGAACUCAUAAUUCAGAAAAAAUAAUCUCUUGUGAAGAUCUUUGUUAUUUAUCAUUUUCAUCCGGCACUGAGUUGCCUUGGUGUCUUUCCUCUGGUGUAUUGUUUUCAAGACGUUGUGCCACUUCAGAACAAACAAUAGUGAACAAAUCUAAGUCUGACUGAAGAGUAUGAAAUAAAUGAAAUAAAAGCUUUGCUGAAGUAAAGCUACAAUAGAAUUAGUCACACUCUGAGAGUUUGGUCAUUCACUGUAACAUGAAACAAAUUAUCUAAAGACUUUAAGACUGUUAAAUCUUUGCAGCUUUAACCUUAAAUUAACAUUCUGAGAGAGCCGCAGCUUUCAGCGUUUUUACACUUUACAGAGUGGAUAAAUAUAUAAAAUUUACAAAGCUACUUAGUAUUUUUGGAAGGAUUUUUUUUUUAGUUUCUUUAUCACAUUCUGUCAAUGAUUGUUAAUCAAGACUCACUGCAGAAAUGUAUAUGUAUGCGAUGGUACUUUUUAGCUAGAGAGAAAACACCUGUUGGAGAGUGAUACUGUGAAAACAUGUGUCACUUUAUUUCAUUAUUUGUUACUGACAGAUUUAUGUACAGGUUUGGAUGUAAAUUCAGUUGAUAAUCUCAGCCGUGUUGUGUGUGUUCGAUGCUGGCUCCCUCUCAUAUGUGCCACCUUUUACUCCCAAGUGUUUCCAGUGGGCUUAUAUAUAACUCCUCUAAUAUAUGCCAUUCGUUAGAUGGUACUUACCUACAUUUAUUCAAAAUCCUCAUGUCUGCUUAAAUAAUAUCUGUAAGGUUACAUUUUACUUGACAUGUUGAUGGAUUUGAAGAAGAGCUGUUUCUUCCACACAAUCUCCUGAGACACACAGUGAUUACCAGACCUUUAGCGUCAAUACACCACCAAUUACAUACUACAGGAAGGGGAGAAGAAACCCCCUCAGAUAUACUCACACAUAGACAAGCAGCAGAUGAAGUGGUCUGCCUCCUGAUCUCACAUUGAUCAGUGCUGUGUAAGAUGAAAGAAUAAAGUGUGGUGUGCUCAAGCGUGGUGACCGCUGUAGCCAAACCACAAGCCCGCGGGCAGACACACUGGAGAAUGGGGCUUGUCAUUAAAGAGAUGGCCAGGGCCAGGACUGUUAUUUUCUACCUUUAUUAACAAGUAAUGGCAGGAGAAUCAAAGCAGAACAGAACUUAUGAGAGAGAACGGAUGUAGUGGCUCUAGAUAGCUGUCAUUUUUGUGCUGAAUAGAGCUUUCAAACACAACAAACACACAGACACACAGUCGGUUUUGAAUGUCACUGGUCUCAUUCAGGAUGCCUUCGUAAGCUGAACACGACUUUUUAGGCCAAACUGAAUGUGCACAUUGAAGCUUUACACUCUCAGUGGGUCUCUCAUAUCUCAUACUGGUAAAUACUGUUGUGUUUAGCAUAGAGAAAGGACACAUUUAUCAAAGACUACUUUAGAGAGACUGUUCAGAAUUAAAAUGCUGUGUGUGUUGCCAUCUUAAAGUGCACGUUUGACAUUUUGAGGAAUUCACUUCUUGUCUUUUUCUGGUAGAGAGUUUGAUGAUUAAAUUAAUAAUCUCUCAUUUCUGCCAUUUAAAUAUAAGCUACAGCCAGCAGCUGUUUAGCAUAGCUUGGCAUUAAGACUGGAAACAACUAGCCUGGCUCUGCCCAUCAGUAACAACAUCUGUCUUACAGCACCUUUAAGCUCACUAAUUAACACAUUUUAUCUCAAAAAGGUUUAAUCAAAAACCAACAAGUAAAAUCACUUUCAGUCCAGUCUGUCCAGUCUUUGUGUUUGGUCAAGCUUAUCUUAACAUUUAACAGACAUACAUCAGAGGGGUAUCAAUCCUCUUAUCCCACUCAAGCAAAGAAGAAAGCAAAGAAGCGUAUUUCCCCCAAAUAUCAAAAUAUUCCUUUAAACAUCAGGGCACAUUUGUCAUGUCUAGUUCAAAGAAAUGCUGGGGGAUAAAUCGGUGCAACACUGGGUUGCCAUUUGAAGGGCAACAGCUCAGACUCUUGUAUAUUUUGUCUGGUUUUCCUCAAAAUGAGUAACAGUUCAACAUUUUGGACUGAACACAAGGGGUACAUCAUAUAGGCUACAAAGUGUUAUUGUAGAUACUCAAUGUUCUUUACUGCAGUAUUUACAUAUAAAGGAUUCAGAUCAGGUAAGAAAGAGAGCAUACAUUUCUUACCUUAGUUCUAGCUUCACAUUUACUAAUGUAGUGAAAUUGUGUCAUUACAAAAUUACCAGCCAAGUACAAUUCAUUUUUGUCAUUUAUGAACAUGUUUCAUCUGUAUACAAAUCAAAAGAGUUUAUUUAUCUACAUGAAUAUUGAUGAAAUAACGUUGUUGCUUUGCAAGAAUUCAGAUGUUUAAGAUGUUUUAUGAAUGUUCUUGCUGCUAUGUAAUUAUCUAGACUGCUAUUAAAGUGACUGUCUCAGCUGGUACGAUCUCAAGUCUCUCCUUUAAA